GCCGGGAUGGGCCAGAAGAACUCCAUCUUCGAUAUGAAGCUCAAAGCGAAGGAGUGGCAGUGGGAGCUUGGGCGGGAGGCCAAGCACCUGGACAAAGAGAUUGCCAAGAUCCAGAAAGACGAGGCCAAGCUCCAAGAUCAGAUCCGGCUGCAGGCCGAGAAGGGCAACGUCGAAGCAGUGCAGCUCCUUGCAAAGUCCGUGGUGAAGACAAGGAAAGCGGUACAGAGACUGGAGAAAACGAAG